UAGCAUUCAGGCGCGAGCGGCGGCUGGUUGUUGCGCAUGCGCGCUCCAUUCACCGCGCAUCUCGGCGCUAUAUGAGGAGAGCGGCGCGCGCGGCGGCGCACAAAUGGAUGGAGGCGGGAGGAAGCGGAGCGCGAGCUGCGGGCGCGAGCCGGAGCCGGCGGCAAUGAGCGGCGGAGACCGACAGCGGGGCGCCAGCGUUAGCGGCAUCCCGGACAGAGUAACCCUCAAGAAGGAGAUCGGGCUACUCAGCGCCUGCGCCAUCAUCAUAGGAAACAUCAUAGGCUCGGGCAUUUUCAUCUCCCCCAAGGGGGUUCUGGAACAUGCCGGCUCAGUCGGCUUGGCGCUGGUCGUGUGGAUGGUGGGCGGGGGCAUCUCGGCCCUGGGAUCACUGUGCUACGCCGAACUGGGCGUCACCAUCCCCAAAUCCGGAGGAGACUACUCCUACGUCACAGAGAUAUUCGGAGGCCUUGUGGGGUUCCUCUUGCUUUGGAGCGCAGUGCUCAUCAUGUACCCCACGACACUGGCAGUCAUCGCCCUCACCUUCUCCAACUACGUCCUGCAGCCGCUCUUCCCCAACUGCAUGCCCCCCUAUGUGGCCACGCGCAUGCUCUCCACCACAUGCCUACUGUUCCUGACUUGGGUGAACUGCUUCAGUGUGCGCUGGGCCACCAGGAUCCAGGAUGUGUUCACGGUGGGCAAGCUGCUGGCACUGGGGCUCAUCAUCGUCGUGGGAAUGGUGCAGAUCUGCCAAGGGCACUAUGAAGGAUUGCGACCCCAGGUGGCUUUCCAGUUCUUCAAGACACCCUCGGUGGGACAGGUGGCCCUGUCCUUCCUUCAGGCUGCUUUUGCCUUCAGCGGCUGGAACUUCCUCAACUAUGUGACCGAGGAGGUGGUGAACCCGCGACGGAAUCUACCUCGUGCCAUUUACAUCUCCAUCCCAUUGGUGACCUUUGUGUACACCCUCACCAACAUCGCCUACUUCUCCUCCAUGUCACCCGAGGAGCUGCUGUCCUCCAAUGCCGUGGCCGUUACAUUUGGGGAGAAGUUGCUUGGUAUGUUCUCCUCCAUCAUGCCCAUCUCCGUGGCCCUAUCCACCUUUGGCGGCAUCAACGGGUACCUCUUCACCUCCUCUAGGCUGUGCUUCUCUGGAGCCAGAGAGGGUCACCUGCCGAGCCUGCUGGCCAUGAUCCACUGCAAGAGCUGCACGCCAAUCCCUGCCCUGCUGCUCUGUUGCACUGCCACCGUUGUGAUCCUGUGCAUUGGUGAGACGCACAACCUGAUCAACUAUGUAUCCUUCAUCAACUACCUCUCGUACGGGGUCACCAUCGCGGGCCUGCUCUACUACCGCUGGCAGAAGCCCAAACUUCCCCGGCCCAUUAAGGUGAAUCUGCUGGUCCCCAUCAGCUACCUGCUCUUCUGGGCCUUCCUGCUGGGCUUCAGUCUCUACUCGGAGCCCGUGGUGUGCGGCAUCGGCCUUGUCAUCAUGCUCACAGGCGUGCCCGUCUACUUCUUGGGUGUCUACUGGAAGGACAAGCCAAAGUUCAUCUACAGCUUCACUGAGAUGGUCACAUACAUGGGACAGAAGCUGUGUUUCGUCGUGUUCCCCCAGAUGGACCCCACUGAGAGCUUGCCGCCCACACAGUGGACCGACAAACGAGAGCUUUGAGCAGAAUGUGUGGCGGCGGCGGCAGCAGCGGCAAUGCUUCCCCUUAGGCCGUUCUUUCUCGUUUUUGUACUUGUUUUUGUUUUGCUUUUCCAGCGCUGUGCCAGUAAGGAAAGGCCCUUACCUAGUUAGCGAUUGCAGAUCUGGUGCUGCAUCCAGCUCACGUUCUCCUUUUGCUCCACGCGUGCUGGGAAGAGCUGUGUUCUGACACACGUCAGUACUACACUCGCGGCGACAGCCGGAGAACGCAAACCGCUUUUUCACCAAGGGACGCUGUUCUUCACAUAAUGCCAACAAGUUUUUGUUUUUGAUCUAAAAUCCAUAUAUUUGACUGUGCCUUACAAGAACAAAGUCAUGCUGUUCACCUGUUGCAUUAAUUUUUUCUUAAUAAUACCAGUUUCCCUUUGCCUAUGUACAUGUGUAGAUGAGUAGCUCCCUGUGGCUCCACGUGCAUCAUCCUCCUCGUGCCUCUCGCAUGUCUGUGAGCUUCCCCUGACCGCCGUUCGUCAGGCUCUGUAACUGAGAACAGGGGGAUGUCGCUCUCGGGACACUGCCAUCAUUCCUCCUUCUGCAAAAGGCUUGGCUGAGAGCACAACUGUGAUUGACAGACAUGUUUUUCAUCGCCUAACAGAAAACAAAUAGGGACAUCUGGAGAUGCUGGCAGCCAUGAAGAAGGUAGGAGCCUUUGUGCACAGGAGCUUCGCUCAGCUCACGUCUUAACGUACUUACACACUGAAGUUCCUGUUUUUAGAUGCUCUCACACAUGUAGUUUCCAGAGCUUUGUUACAGAAACAACUCACACAACACGGAGAGGCUCUCUCUUCCUGUGAACAGCGGUGGCCCACAGUGAACACAGGAGCAGCUUUACUGAUGUGUCCACUGUGAGGAGACGGCAAUGCAGUGCCUCGCCUGUGCUGUGUCCCCCAACUGAAACUUGAACAACAGGGUGUAUGGGGCACGCACACAACUAAAUAUUGAUCUCCCGGAAAGGCAAUAUUGCAUGUCGUCUGAGGUCUCCUCACACAUAUAGCACAGGAGUCUCUGGUCCCCCAGCAGGGAUGGAGAGGAGGGCAGGAGCGGGCAGCCUUGUGAGCCGCUGCAGCUGCAGGAAAGGCUCAUAAUCCAUGAAACAAGUUAUCUUUAGAAUAUAA